GCGGCUCUUUUCACCCCACUUCGCCCGCCCCGCGCUCCUCCACCACGUCGUUCAGCAAACAUUCACACCCGGGAAAUUGACCCGUCUCUCUUCUGCCCGUCGGCUGCUCUGUACACCCUCUACGACACACGACAUUGAUGACGAUAUGGGCAAGGAAGACAAGUCCAAGAACUUCAACCUGAAGGUGCCUAAGGGCACACGCGACUGGACCGGCGAGGAUGCGGCCCUCCGCGAUCGUCUCUUCGAGAAGGCGACUGCAGUCUUCAAACGCCACGGCGCCACGACGCUCGACACGCCCGUCUUCGAACUCCGGGACAUCUUGAGCGGCAAAUAUGGAGAAGACUCGAAGUUGAUCUACGACCUGCAAGACCAGGGUGGAGAGCUAUGCUCGCUGCGCUACGAUUUGACUGUCCCGCUGGCGCGUUGGCUCGCCAUGAACCCCAGCGUGCAGAGCUUCAAACGCUACCAGAUCGCCAAAGUGUACCGCCGGGAUCAGCCUGCCAUGACAAAGGGCCGCAUGCGCGAGUUCUACCAGUGUGAUUUUGACAUUGCAGGCUCCUACGACGCUAUGAUUCCCGACGCUGAAGUCCUGAAGAUUGCGACUGACGUCUUCGAUACGCUUGGCUGGGAGUCAUAUACGAUCAAGAUCAACCACCGCAAAAUUCUGGAUGGAAUUUUCAAGGCUGCCGGCGUGCCAGAAGACCUCAUACGGCCAAUCAGCUCCGCUGUGGACAAGCUAGACAAAUUGCCUUGGGCCGAGGUGAAGACAGAGAUGGAAACCAAGGGGUUAGCGGCAGAUAUCGCAGACAAGAUUGGCGGUUGGGUACAGCGCAGGGGCGGCGACGAUAUCAUCGAAUUCCUCAAAUCGGACGAAGCGCUUUCAAAGUCGGAAGAUGUCAUUGAGGGCGUCAAGGACAUGGAACUACUGUUUGCCUACCUCGACGCUUUUGGCGCCAGAAAACACAUAUCGUUCGAUCUCUCGCUGGCCAGAGGGUUGGACUACUACACAGGCGUCAUCUACGAAAUUGUCACAGAAGGCUCUGCCCCUCGCGUGCAGGGCAAGCAGCAAGAAAUCGGCGUGGGAAGCGUGGCAGCCGGAGGUCGCUACGACAAGCUAGUGGGCAUGUUCAGCGGCAAGCCGAUUCCGUGCGUUGGCAUUUCGUUUGGAAUCGACCGAAUCAUCAGCAUCAUGAAGGCCAACGGGCAAUCGACCGAGCGCGCAAAAGACGUCGAUGCGUUUGUCAUGGCGUUUGGCGGCAAGGGCUUCACGGGUAUGCUGACGGAGCGCAUGCAGGUUGCUCAGGAGCUGUGGGCUGCUGGCAUCAAGGCGGAGUUCUCGUACAAGUUGAAGCCUAAGCUUCCUCAGCAGUUCAAGCAGGCGGAGUCGGCGGGUGUUCCGCUUGCUGUUAUCCUUGGCGAGGAAGAGCUCAAGGACGGGAAGGUGAAAAUUAAGGUCUUGGGUAUCAAGGAUGAGAACGAUCCUGAGAAGGACGGCGUGUUGGUGGAUAGGAGCAGCAUGGUGGAGGAGAUUAAAAAGAGGCUGCCAGAGGCCGUUUGAUGGUCAAGCUGCUCUGGUCAUAUGACGUAUGGAUGGACAAAAAA